AUGGCGGCCGAAGUGAAGCUUCGAACUCUUCGUGGGAUUUUAAGAGAAUUAAGACUUCUCUCCCAUCCAAAGAGCCCAACAAGACAGCUGUUUGGAUAUUCGUUCCUUCUGUCUGAAUAUCGCAGGAUGCGCACAGCUGAUCAAUCAACAAUACACUUGAUGAACAGAAAUGCUGAAAAUUAUUUAAGCUUGCUAAAGAGUGAAAGAAUAAAAGAGGAAUUGUAUCAAUUUUACAAAGGUGGAGGAGAAAGCAAAAGUGAGGCUGCUGCGAGGAGAGUAGGUUAUGAAAUGCCCAAGAGACAUGAUGAUGAUGAUGUUAAAACAUAACAGAUAAGUAAACUGUAUAUCUACGAUCAGAUACUCAUAAAACCUGAUUACUACAUGUACACUGUAUCAUGAAUAAGGAAGAAGAAGCAUCUGAUCAGCUGGAUUGUUAUGGUUGUUGUGGGAUGUCAGUGAAGGGUUCCAGUGAAGUGUUGUCCUGGCCUGGGAAUGAUUCAAAUGAAUCUGGUACAGUUAAGUAAAAUGAGUACUGUUUGAACAGUUUGCAAACAUUGUCAUGGUAUCAGAUAAAUGAGAAACAUGUACCAUGAUCAUAAAACAAACUCAGGAAUAUUUCCUGAUAAAGAUCAAAAAGAAAUAUUUCAUAGGCAAUGUCCACGAGAAUCAAACAAGUGGUGGCAAGGUUCAGUCCAAGAAUUAAAAAGAAUGGUACAGUAAGUAGAAAGUUCAAAAAUUGUCAUAGAUGGCUUAUCUUUUUACCGCGCUCCAUUUUCCAUUUUGUCCAUUUUCACUCAUCUUGAGUGUUUCUUGCUUGGGCUUCAGUUGAACAUCUUCUGUGACCGUUUUUUCGAGAAUAAAAUAAUAUUUUUGAAAACUAACUAUCCAGGCAUUCAUAUCUAAUAAAGGCCUAUCUGCUUCAAAAGAAGAGCAAUUUUUUGACCCUUGCCACUAAUUCUUCAAUCAUUUGUUCAUUUCUUGUGGACAUUGCCUCUUCAGUCCUUGUACAAUGGAAGCCAUUUAGCAAUUAGUCCUUGAGCACGAAUGGGCUAUUGACUCAUGUUUUAGUCAAGUCUGACUACUAGUCAGUCAAAUAUUUUGAUGCAAACAAGUUAAAUUCAAAUUUUUUUCAAAGCUGGCACUUUUCGCUACUAGUAGUUAUAACCAAGAGAAUAUGAACUAAGAGAAGGAAUCCUACCUAUAUAGCCUUGU